AUGGAGCUGCUCUUGCUGACCUUGCGCCUGCUCCUGCGGAUAAACCCGCACCUGCGAGUCGUCCUGAUGUCAGCCACCAUCGAGGCCAGCUUCUUUGGGAAAUACUUCGCCGAGUUUUCCGAGGACAAGAUCACGCCACCGACCCCGAUGUAUGUUGGCAACAGGCUUUUCGAUGUGGAGACUUUUCACUUGGAGGACCUUGCUGAAGGCAAGGCACCUGCAGGCCGGCAACUUCCCCCGAAGCUCAUGAAGCGGACAGCCAAGUUCGCCAAGAAGUUCUUCCCACUCGACUUAGUUAAAGCCUCCCGUGGCCAAGACGGCGAUUCGCUCGAAGGGCGCUUCCAACCCAGGGUGCAGAUCGUUGCGCGUGAGCUGGUGCAAGAGAUGAUCCCUGAGAUCGCCGAAGGAGGGUCAACAAUCCUGAUCUUCGUGCCGGGCUACGCCGACCUUCUUCGCAUGCACAGCUGGCUCUACUGGAACUUGCCCACCGUCGGCUCCGUGAACAUGGGCUACGUGCCACCAAAGCCAGACCAAUUGCCUGAGGAUGAAGACGAGGAGGAAGAGGAGGACCUUGAUGAGAUGCGAGAGAUGGUAGGCAUGGAAGGCCCCUUCGCAGCACCAAUGCCGGCUUCGUCAAGCACCUUCAGCAAGCCAGAAGGCACCGCAGGAUCGCUUCAAUACCGCCUCUUCGCGCUCCACUCGCAGGUGGCACAGGAAGACCAGGAGCUCGUUCUGGAGAAGCCUCCUCCGGGCAUCUGCAAUGUGGUCCUGGCUACCACGAUUGCCGAGUCAUCCCUGACGCUGCCCCAGGUCAUUGGCGUAAUCGACUUCUGCAUUCACAAGACAAGUGUUGGUGAUCCUUCACAGAUGGGCCUCGCGAGGCUGAUGGCGCAGUGGUGUGCUCGUUCAGCUUGCUUGCAGCGAGAAGGGCGUGCAGGCCGCACGCAACCCGGCUGGUGCAUCCGCAUGGUCUCGAAGAUGUUCUUCGAGGAGUGCAUGAUGGAGUACGAUAUCCCUGAGAUCCUCCGCACGCCGCUUACCACCCUGUACCUGAAAGCAAAGGGCAUUGCUGAUGGCCUGGGCAAGGUCGUCGAGGGCAACCUGGCCCUUGCAGAGCAGUUGCGCUUGGGCAGCGGCUCGCCCGGCGAGCUUCUUUCCGAGCUGCUCGCGCCGCCGGGCGACGAGGCAAUCAACGCUGCAGUGCACAAGCUUGCCCAGCUCGCUGUGCUCACAGAAGAGUCGGCAAAUGCAAGGGUGACAGUGUUGGGUCGCUUGGCGCUGUACCUGCCACUGGACAUUCAACUUUCCAGGUUGGUCUGGCUUGGCUGCCUCUUCGGCUGCCCUGCAGAAGCCAUUGUUCUGGCGGCGGCCUGCAACACACCCUCGCCUUUCCUGAAUCCUUCGAGGCUGGGCUUUCAAGACCAGGACGACUUCUCGAGCCACCUGCGGGACACGGCCGAAGCCUGGCGCUUCUUCGACGCCGGCCAUGCUUCGGAGCCCAUAGCCAGCCUCCGGCUGUUCUGUGCAUGGCUUCGAAGGCUGAAGCUGACGCCUGCUCGUUCAAACACGCUGGCGCGCUGGUACCGCGCCACCACGAUGCUGGAGAAGGACACGGCGAUCGACUCGUCCAAGAUGACAGCCUUCGUGUCCUUCGUCGCAGAUCUCACGAUUCGUUGCCGUGAUCUCUGCAGCGACGAGCGUGACAGAGACCUCUCCUGCCGUGUGCGCGCCGAUCUCUAUGGCCUUGUGCAGCUUCUUCGACGGCCUGACAAGAAUCGUGAGCAGCAGAAGAAGCUGACAGAUGACAGCUACGUGCCAGCCAUUGGUGAAGUCUUUCGUGCUCCGGCCUCAAAAAUCUAUGCCCUGCUGGCUGCCGCCUUCUCUGAUACUCUGCUGUUCGGCUCGCACAGGCUUUCAGGCCAAGAGCCCUUGAUCGAUGCUUUGGAGUCCUUGGGCCCGAGGGCCGCGUCCUCCCAGGAUGCAGUGCUGAUUCCGCGGGCGCCUGUGAAGAGGAUGUCCGACGAGAACCUUGCAGAGAUCAUCGAGACGGUGUCGGGCUUCAAGCCCAGCCAGGUGGUCAGCGACAAUAAGUACAUUGCUGUCGCCUUUCCUCCAGACGAGGCAGAUGAGACCACUGAGACUACGCCUUGGGUUUCACGCCGGCAUGACACCAGGACCAUGGGGCUCGGACCUGCGCAGGUGCCUCGAAUCAAUGGCUUGAGCCUGGCUCCUCGUAUGUGCCACAUGGCGGCAGGGGGGCCGCGCAAGUUCAAUGUGGGCGAGCUCGAGUUUGCCCGCGCCAUCUCCCCAUACGAAGUCGAGUUCACCAUCAUGCACGAGGUGCGUGGCGGGAGACGCGUUAUGCCAGGGCUCUUCGGCGAGCAGUCUUCCCUGGGCUUUCCUUGCCAUGUAACAGACCCGUCGCGAUUGGCCAAGGACCACUUCGCCUGCGUGGCUUCUGAGAUGAUGCUCGUGGAGUCUGGACAAGCAGCUCGGGUGAAUAAUGCCACGCUUCUGAAGCCCGAGGAGGUGGUCUUCGUCUUGACCACCAUCUGCCCUUCCGGCAUGACCUUGGAGCUGGGCUUCAAUCAGGGGCCCGGGGGCAGUGCUGAAAGUGCCAGGGCAUCGCUUACGGGCCUGCGCUUGAAGUCCAGCAAGAAGAACGACGACCGUUUGCUGCUCAUCAACCGCAACCUGCCGGCCAUGAAGGUUAUGGACAAGGUGAACGCCGUGCGUGCUGCCAUCAUGGAGAACUUGGUAAGCCCGGCUGAGGCGAACUCGAACGGACAGGAGAUCCUCCUUUGGGAAGAUGAAGAAGCCAAGGGAGAUUUCGAGGACCUCCUUGGCUUCAUCAACCAGGCACCGACCAUCCAGGAGCUGGGAGGUGAUUAUGGGGCCAAGGCCGACCCGGUGUUUUGGGUUCGGCAUCGGCAGAGGCUGCGGCUGGAUGAGGGCGAGAAGGCAACCGAGGAGCUCGAGCAGGACGACGAGGAAGAGGAGGAGGAGGAGGACGUGGAGGAAGAUGUGGAGGAUGCUGACAUCCGUGCCCUGCAGCCGAUUGUGGUGAAGCCAUACAUUGAAUCCCAGGUUGCGAGAAAAACGUCUGACAAAAGCCCUCCGAUCACCCACCGCUUCGAAUGUCCGGACUGUGCUGACCGGUUUCAGGACUGGGAGUCCUGCCGUGAGCAUCUGCUGAACACCGGCCACCUGGAUGUGUCAACGAUGGAGGCAGAGAACCUGGCGAAACAGCAGCUCACGAAGCCCGUGCGAUGGCGCUGCUUGGAGUGUUUUGCUGGCUUCUCCACCUGGGCCCAGAUGGAGGAGCACCUGCGUGAGACCAACCACCUGGCUUUUGGAGAGAAUGGGAAUGUGAAGCGCAGCCUCUGCAAGCCUCGGGCAAUUCCAGACCUCGACGACCCGGUCAGGGCGCUCAGCGCAAGGCUGAAGGAAGUGGGCCUGACCGAGGAGGAAGCGGAAGACAAGAAUCCAGAAAUGGGCUUCUUCCGCUCCUUGCGGACAACGCUAUCGGCGCCCUCCUCCAUCCCAGCCCGCCAGGAGCUCUCGGCGGAGAUUGAGGAGCUGGUCCGCGACCAGAAGGGCUUGGACAUGACUCCCAAGUUGAAGCUGCAAGAGCUGGGGCUUCAAGAGGCAAGAGAGCUCAUCAAACAGAUGACGAGCAAUCCUGUGCCCAUCAAGAACCCAAAUGCCUGGCUUAUGGGAGCCAUUGCUAAAAGACUGCAGCGGGCACAGAGCCCGAAGGCCAGAAGACAGCCAGCUCCUGUGCCGGAGCUUGCGCCAGAGCUUGAGGAGCUGCUUCGUGACGAAACAGACUUGGACACUAACGUCAAGUUGAGGCUUCAAGACCUGGAGCUUGAGCAGGCCAAGGAGCUCAUCAACCAGAUGAAGAGCAAUCCUGUGAAAAUUAACAACCGGAGCGCAUGGCUCCAGCGCGCCAUUGACAGAAGAGCAAAGGCGCUGGAGGAGGAGCGUCCCGCCAAGGCUCCGGCGCCGAAAUCCCAAGCAAAGGCGCUGCCUGCCAAGCGGAAAUACCCAUACCAAGCACCCACCAAGGUUCCGGCGCCGAAAUCCCCAGCAGCAAAGGUGCUGGACCAGAUAACACCUGAUCUGGCGCCAUUGCCCAAGCUGUCCAAGCGGACAUCGCAAGCAAAGGUGCCGCAGGAGAUGGGUCCAGUAGUAGCUGAGCUGCCACUGCCGCCGUUGCCACCUGAGCUGCCGCCAUUGCCUAAGCCGUCCGCACCUGAGCUGCCACUGCCGCCAUUGCCGAACCUGUCCUUGCAGGCAGAAUCUCCAGUGCCUGAGAUGGCAGAGAUGCCACCAUUGCCACCGAUAGGAUCUCUAAGCGAUGAAGGGAACUCCACUUCCUCGACAGCAGGCAAGCCGAAGCCAGGCAAGGCAAAGGGAAAGGGCGCAAAGCAAGCGAAGGUGAAUCUGAAGGCUUUCUCAGCGAAGCUGAAGAAGGCCAGUGGCGACGAGGAGCAGAUGGUUGCCCUCGCAAGGGACGUGGAAGGUGCUGACGACCCGAAGUCCUUUCUGAACCUUUUGCUGCAGAAGGUGGAUGGGAAAACGCCAAAGAAGAUGCGCUACAGGAGUCGAGCGGACUCUGACAAGCAAGUCGAAGCCACACUCGCAGUGCGUGGAGGAGACGUUGGUGGAGGAGGAGACCUUGAAUUUGUAGCCAAAGCUGCCACAAAGAAGGAUGCCGAAGCCAACGCAGCACGCGCUGCUCUGCGGGACUUCAGGCGGAUUCUCGAGGGACAUCGGCAGACAGCUGCGGUGAGCUAG